UUGACAAAAUCGAGUUAAAUAGCAGGUCACUGUCACAGUGCCGCAUCUCAAUUCAUCGUGGCAAGAUGAGUCUCCUGAGUGUUCUGAAGAAUCGUGUCGAAAUUAUCGACGACUCGGUAUCAUCCCGGGACCUCGUCAACCGGUUUGUCGCCGAAGGUCCCCAGGAAGAACCGCUGCACGUGACUGAAGUGGACGCGCUUGUCAAGCGACACUACGAAUGGUUACAGCAUCUGCCGCGGGUUAGUCCGUACUAUGCCGUCAAGAGCAACGACGACGAUGCGCUGGUGGAGGCUACCGUUCUGCUGGGACUCGGGUACGAUUGUGCCUCGAUGGCAGAGGUUCGCCGGAUGUUGGAAUUCGGAGUCGACCGGGAGAGGAUCAUUUUCGCGCAACCACAGAAGACGAUUGUUUCGUUGAAAUAUGCACGCGAGAAUAGAGUAAGAACGGUUUUCGAUUGCGAAAGUGAACUUCGAAAGAUUCAUCAGUACUACCCGGAGGCCGAAGUGCUCAUUCGCUAUCGGUUUGAUUCGAAGAAAUCGACGACCCCGCUGGGAUCGAAGUUUGGCUGUGAAACCGAGAAGGAAUCAAGAUCGUUGCUGAAUCUCGCAAAACAGCUUGGUAUCAACGUGGUUGGUUGGUGCUUCAACGUUGGAUCAGGAUGUACUGAUGCGGACGUUUUCUAUAAUGCCAUUAAGAAAGGUCGUGAAAUCCACGACUACGCUGCUUCCAUUGGAUUCAAGUUUAGGAUUAUUGAUUUGGGUGGAGGAUUUAUGGGAGACAAAAACUACAGAAUAGACCAGUAUGCAGUUUACAUUAAUCGUGCUUUAGAUGAAUAUUAUCCUGAAAGCGAGGGUAUCAAUGUAAUUGCUGAACCUGGAAGAUACUAUUGUGCGGCCACUGUAACAACCAUUACUCCAGUGCACGGGAAGCGUGUUUUGUACAACGCGAAUGAUCCGUUGAAAAUAGAGCAAAUGUUCUACUAUUUCAACGAUGGCAUGUAUGGUACGUUCUACGGCCCUCGAUAUCGUAAUCAAGAACUAUUCCCAAUUGUUUGGAAAUCUGGAGGCAACCAAGGAGUGACCCACAAGACAACAUUGUUCGGACCCACGUGCGAUGGCAAUGACUACUUCGCAAAGAACAUCGAUCUUCCAGAGCUAGAGGUGUCCGACUUCGUGAUAUUCGAGAAUCAGGGAGCUUAUUCUCGGGUGCAUUCCUGCCGAUUUAAUGGAUUCUGUCUGCCAAAAGUCAUCAGAUUUAUGCGAAAGAGUACCUGGGAAUUACUUGAGAAGGCAUCUCAAUCUUCAAACCCAACACAGGUGGUGUUGGACUCUGUGUACCUUCGGAACAAUUCUCGAAUCGAACAGCUUACGUAUGAUUAAAGGGUGAUCCGAUAUGUGCAUUUUUUUUUUAUUUGAAUUUGGCUGAAUAAAAGUCACUACUUUGUUGCAAAA